UAAAAAUGGUUGGCUUGUUGUUGGCGACUGUUGGGUGAUUGUUUAGCAAAAGAUGUUUAUUUCUUUUCUAGUUGUUGCAGUGACUAGUCUUGUAUAUUCAGUGCUUGUUUUAUGUGUUAAUUAAUUGGCAUAUGCUUACAGCUAAAAGACAGCUUGCUAUACCGUCCUAAUAAAGGAACUAUUAUAUGAAGUUAGUCAAGAUGUGGCCAGCUUCACAGUAUUCACACACUAACAACCAAAACCAAAAUAGCUCAAAAAGCAAUGAACAUCAGAACCAACAGAACUUGAAAACUUUGGGAAUGACCUCUGCUAUUUCUAUGGCAGGUCCAAAGCAGAUUGACAUUGAUAAAACUAAUGAACUUAAAAAUUCUUUGACACCAUAUGGAGUGUUUGAAUCUGAGGGUGAGAUGCAUCAUCGUAUGGAGGUUUUGGGAGCAUUGCAUAGACUAGUGCGACAAUGGAUUAGGGAUGAGUCAUUAAGGAAGAAUAUGCCUCCAAGCGUGGCAGAUACUGUUGGAGGGAAUAUUUAUACAUUUGGGUCUUAUAGGCUAGGGGUACAUCACAGAGGUGCAGAUAUAGAUGCACUAUGUGUUGCUCCAAGGCAUAUUGAUAGAUCUGAUUACUUUCAGUCUUUCUAUGAUCUACUGAAACAACAGCCACAGGUUAAAGAUUUGCGCGCAGUAGAAGAUGCAUUUGUGCCUGUUAUUAAGAUGAACUUUGAUGGAAUUGAGAUUGACCUGCUCUUUGCACGACUUGCUUUAAAAGAAAUACCUGAUUCGUUUGACUUACGAGAUGACAUACUACUGAAGAAUCUGGACCAAAAAUGCGUGAGAUCACUUAACGGUUGCCGCGUAACAGAUGAAAUUUUGCGUCUAGUUCCCAAUAUUAAUAAUUUUCGGUUGACAUUAAGGGCUAUCAAACUAUGGGCAAAACGUCAUGGUAUCUACUCAAACACAUUGGGUUAUCUGGGCGGUGUCUCCUGGGCUAUGUUAGUUGCCCGAACAUGCCAACUCUAUCCAAAUGCAUUACCAGCCACAUUAGUUCACAAAUUCUUUCUUGUAUUCAGCCAAUGGAAAUGGCCACAACCGGUUCUUCUAAAGCAACCCGAUUCGGUCAACCUUGGAUUUCCUGUAUGGGACCCACGGGUCAAUAUGUCUGACCGGUUCCAUCUGAUGCCGAUCAUCACACCAGCCUACCCACAGCAAAACUCAACCUUCAAUGUAUCAGCUUCCACCAGAACUGUGAUCAUGGAAGAAUUUAGACUUGGUUUAGCAAUAACAGACGAAAUAAUGUUGGGAAAAUGUGGUUGGGAGAAGUUAUUUGAAGCGCCAAACUUUUUCUCAAGAUACAAGCACUUUAUUGUGUUGCUAGCAUCCUCUGCCAAUGGAGAUGAUCAGUUGCAGUGGUGUGGUCUUAUUGAGAGCAAAAUCAGACAUCUUAUUACGACACUGGAAAGAAAUCAACACAUAACAAUAGCCCAUGUGAACCCUGAGUGCUAUAACUCAGUGCCAUUGAACACCAAUAAUGGGCAACCCCUGGCGUUACCACCGGGUACUCCAGUGCCCACAACCGUGGAUGUGGAAGUCAAAAAGAAUGAAAAUGGAGAAGUGAUGCCCAUCUUAUGUUCAAUGUGGUUCAUUGGUUUAGUUUUUGACAAGACAAAUGUGAAUGUUGACUUGACACAUGAUAUUUUGUCAUUCACAAAGGUCGUUCACUAUCAAGCUGAAACCACCAAUAUGUUAAGAGAAGGAAUGACCAUUGAGGCAAGGCACGUGAGACGCAAACAAUUACACCAAUAUCUAUCUCCGUCGCUAAUAAAGCGAGAGAGAACAUCUUCAGGCGCUAAGCGUAAGCAGGACAGCAGUACAUUACCGGCACCGCUUAAGAAAUCGAAACGACUAUCUGAGAGUAGUACAGACGAAGUUAGCAUAUUGUCAUACAACGAAGACUCAAACUCAUCAAAUGUGUAUGAGGUGAACAUUCAGAAUGGAAAUGCCUCAAAUCACUCCCAAGAAGAUAGAAAACCAGCAGAAAAGCCUCUCAGUCCUCCAGAGCACCCUUCCACGUCAAAUACGAUUGCUUGUACGUAGCAGUAUGAAGAGUGGCGAAAACGGUUCAUUUAUGGAACCAACGCCAAAAGUCGUAUUAAGCGGGGGUCUAAGUGACACUUAGUGAUACUUAGUGAAGUGUAGUGACAGAUAAAACACAAUAAAUGAAAUCUCAUUUAGUGUAAAAGUGAAGUAACACUUGUGCAAUUAUUAACUUAUUUGGUAAGUGUAGACUUUGGGAUGUGUAUUUAUUUUUUACAUUGCAUUUUAGGUAGAUUGAGAAAAUUUUAGAAAUGAGUUUUUGUGGGAGUAUGGUAUGGAGUGGUUUAAAUCAAGUUUUUUUUUAUUGUUUUUAAACACUCUUCUUCAUGCCUAAAUAAUGUAAAGAAAUUACUUUAUUAAGAACAUAACAAGAUAGCUUUGCACUAUUUCAUUUGACCCUAACAGUUAUCAAACCCAAUAUCUUUUCCACUAACACCAUACAUACUCACACAGAACUUAAAUUAAAAAAAAACAAUGGUGGGUGAAAUCUUUGUGGGUAUUUGCAUUUCAGAUGAGGCCGACAUGACAGGACAUCCACCACGUAAGUUACGUAGAUAUAACUAUAUAUUAAUAUUAUGGAAUUAUUGUUAAUUUAUGAUUGAAAAUUUUGGAUAUGACGAGUUGGUAAUUGAAUAGGGAUUUAAAAAAUCACUUAAGGUGUUUUAACUCUCUAUUAUAAUUCAUAAUACUAGGUCUAAAGUUUUCUAACAACCUGUAUCUCUUCUGUAUCCUGCAACAUUUUUUUUCCUUUUAUGUAAUGCAACAAAGUGUUAAUAAAAUAAACUUUAUGAAAAAACCUAUAGUAUCUGCUAGUUGCUAGUAUAUAUUUCAAUUCAAUCAUAAAUUAAUAAUAAUCCCAUCCUUUGAACAAGAUGGUUUGUCUUAAAUUCUUAUAUUAUCAUAAUUGGACAAAUCAUGGGGUAUUUAACUAUUUUUAUAGUUUAUUUUGACUAAGGGAUUUUCAAUAGUUCACGAGUUUUUUUAAAUGUAUAUUCCAAAUUUACAUGCCAAUUAGUACAAAAGUUUAUAGAAUUGUUAAUUUUUCACUAUUAAACUAGGUUCUACUUUAAAUUAUUGUCAUCUGCCAUGCUCAAGUUAAAUGCAAUACAUAGAUUAUUCACAUAAAGAUACUCUGAAACUUACCUUAAUGCUUAACUUAAAUAAAUACUCACUAAUUUAUGUUUAGUCAAACGACAAGGAAUGUGUAGAAAUCUUUAUUUGCAUAUAACAUGAAGCUUAUAGUAAUGUUUGGCCAAUACCUUUGCUUACAAUUCUUUUCAAAUAGGUAAUUGAUUUAAUAAGGAAAAAUUAACAAUUGAUUUUCUGUUCAAAAUAUUGAUAUCAUAUAAUUGUCUGCCUAUAUUUCACUGAUUCACUUGUAAAUAGUCAUCAUUCAUCCUACUUUAUUCUACUAAUAAAAAUAAUGUAUUUGCAAUAUUUUUAAUCUGCUUUAAAUAUUUACAUGGACAAGUUGCUUCUAAA